AUGCCGCCACAAGUAAUAAAUCUUGUGGACUACGACGACGAGGACGAAGAAGAAGUAAUCAAUUUGGUGGAUCAUCACGACGACGAUAAUGUUGAGGAAGAAAACGUUAGUUGGCUUCCGAAAAAGAACAUAGGUGAGACUAGUGCUCAUAGGUUUCGGGUCGAUGACAAUUCAACGAUAGCUUCCAGAUCCACAAUGGGGCAUCUGGAUCAAAAUUUGAUACAGCUUCCGUUGUACGAUGCCAUGAUGUGUACUGCAGCUACUCUUUUGGAACAGUCUCGAGAGGAGGAGGAAUCACCGUAUAUUGUCCAUUCCAACAAGCAAUUACGAUAUGUGGAAGAUCGAGAGGAAGCAGAAAUGUAUUUUGACUGCGCGAGCGAUCCAAGAGAACUCUGGUUUGGUUGCCUACUGGAUGCUGCUGGAGAAGCCGCCGAAUUCCUUGGAGAAGGUCUUGUUGGCGCGAGCAACAGGGGUCAUGAGCGCGCAACAAACCGUUUACUUGAGAGGCGGAAACGCUUGGAUACAGGUAAUAAUAGAGUCCAUCCCGAUAUUCCAGAAAUUGUGGAUGUAUGCGACAUUCAAGACCAAGAAGAACAAGAAGAGGCUCGACUAAGCCACCAAAAACACCAAAAAGACAUGGAGAUGCUGCUGCCGGAAAAGAAGAAAGACCCGCCAACCAAGCAAGAGCUCGAAGAAGCUACCUUCCCUCUGCUCGAGAUCCACGUUCCAGAUACUAUAGAGGAGGAGGACGAAAACAAGAAGGACGACGACGACAUGAGUAAACUAUAG